CGACCUGUUUUCAACCCACCGCUCAUUUUGUUCUUUGCGCAUCUACACCCUGGCAUUUUUUCACUAAAACUCAACGACCCGGACACAAUGGCGACGGUUCUCUGCGGCGUCUGCGAGACAGAGCCAAAGAAAUACAAAUGCCCAACUUGCGCGCUUCCAUACUGCUCAUUGACAUGCUUCAAAACACAUAAAGUCACCCACCCAGAAGACGCCGCCUCGUCAACAUCAAAACUCGCCAAGCCAACCAUCCCACAACCACCACCGCCCGCUCCUAUACCGCGCUACCUCAAAAGCCGCACCGACUUCUCUACUCUAGCCACCAGCCCCAAAUACCAGGCCCUUAUAAAAGCAAACCCUAUAUUGCUCUCCACCUUCCAACGCGUAUACGCCAAGACCAUACAACCCGACCCUGAAGACGAAAGACGACGGCGUAUGCUCGAGAGGAACAUGUCUCGAGGACGCGGGUCAAGAGGUAGAGGAAGGGGUAGAGGAAGAGGCGGCAGGAACUGGGAGGAUAGAGAAGAGAGAUGGACACCUAAGAAGGGGGACAAAGAUGCCAUGGCGGUGUUGAAGGCGAUUCGGAAUGGGGAGGACAACCAAGAGGAAAAAGAGGCGAUGGCACAAUUUGUGGAGUUGGUCGAAGAGCUUUUCGGGAAGAAAGAUAAGACGACCGGUGUUGAAGGAUGAGCCGCGACCUGAGCUACGGAAACGUCGAGAUGGUCUACAUUGAUCCACCUUGAUCUGUCGAAUCGAGCUCGCUCCUACCAGAUGAAUGAGAAAAUCACCAGGAUAGUGGCUAUCUGAAGAGCGGAGAUUUUCAGUUAUUGGGCAAUUCCGUGUAUGCCAAUGGAGCCAGAUAUGGGUAUCAACGUAUGGUAGGUUGAUCAUCACCAAAACCCCCAUUAAACCGGGCCUUCCUGCCCGCUUUCUGGGCCAUGAUAGUGUGGAUACGAAGGGUGUCCAGAGGCGAAGAAUGCUAGCCAAGAAAGAUGUCACGAGCC